AAAAGAUGUUUUUGUGAUCGUAAAAUACGUAACGUAUUUCAUAGAGAUAGUGAAAAUAUACCGAUAACACCUAUUGUUGGGUAGAGACUACAUUACCUAUGUGUAUAUUAUUCGUAUACAAUGGAAGCUAUGAUGCAGACAGUGACUACAGUCUGAUAGUGGCAACAAAUAGAGAUGAAUUUUAUGAUCGACCUUCUGCAGAACUUGCGCCAUGGAAAGACAAUCCAAAUAUCAUUGGAGGAUUAGAUUUAGAAGGGGGCUGUGAAGGAGGGACGUGGCUUGCUGUGUCUCCCCUCAGAAAGAAAAUGGGAGUACUUUUGAAUUUACCAAAUACACCAAAGAAAAAUGCAAAAAGCCGAGGUAAAAUUGUAGCAGAAUUUGUGAAAAGUAAAAAUGAGGCUGCAUCAUAUGUUCAAGAAAUGAAAUCUUAUUUUGAAGAAUGUAAUAAUUUCAUUUUUGUAGCAAUGGACUUUGGAAACACCACGCCAGUCAUAAAUAGCUUCACGAAUGUCACAAACUCAAUAACAACACAUACAGAUCCUUGUUUGGGUUUCGGAAAUAGUUUACCCGAUAUGCCAUUGAAAAAAGUUGAAGCCGGCCUUACUAAAAUGCAUGAUAUUUGUAAGGGACUCAAUAAAAUUUCUAUGAAAAGCAAACUCUUAGAAGAAUUGACUGCACUCUUGAAGUGUAAUGAAAGGCAUCUACCUGACGCCCAACUACAAGAACGUAGGCCUAAUUUAUAUGAAGAAUUAAGUUCUAUAUUUGUUUGUGUACCUGAAGAAAGAUAUGGAACGAGGGCGCAAACUAUAUUGCUUCUCACGAAAACUGGUCAUUUAGAAGUACACGAAAUAUCCAUGAAAUCACCAAUUGAUAAAAUAGAACCCAAGUGGGAAAAACAUAAAUACCAAUUUGACCUGUGAUAAUUGUUUUUAUUUUGUUGUUCAAGUUUUAGUUAUAAAUAUAUAACAAUGGUUCAAAAAAAA